CCGCAUGAAAAACUGCAGGACUGUGAAAAACAGCGACUUGGAGACUUGAGAGAUUUGUUCAAGUCUAAAUCAAUAGCGCACAAGACCCUUGUUUCUUGGUUUUGCUGGUGAGUUAUCAAAUUUUCAAUUUAUUUUAAUUCCUGCACAUGCUUCUGCAUUGAUAAAUUCAGGCUAAGUACUCAAAACAAAACGCAAGAGUGACCCUUGUCUUAAACUGAGCAUUAAAUGAAAGAGCUUUUUCUUUCCGAAAGAAUCAGUUUAAAAAAGAAUCUUUUCUCUCUUUUACUGUUCGGGCGAGUUUUACAGCAACAAGUGCGAAAUAGCCGGCAACAUGCACAAAGAGCGGGGCAUUCCUAAGUAAAAACACGAAGUUUGCAUGUUGUUUUGAGCAGUUUAGGGCGCAACGGUUACUUGGUUUUGUCUGUUUGUUUGUUUGUUUUUACUGGGGAAUCUCAUUAAUUUGACUUCAUCUUAUGGAUUAUGGAUAAAAUGCGGGAAAAUCGUAUUUACAUAAGGCCGUAUCCUAUGCUUAGGUGGUUUAACCGGUUUGACAGAGACAUAAAGAGGUGGAGACAAAAGAAUAUAACUGAGGAGAAAAGAAAUAAUUGACAUUUGGUUCUGCGAUUGCUUGUCUAUGCGGUUAAGUAUAAGUUAGCAAGGUCGUGAGUUUGUUUCUAGGUGUUUACAGUGCUGUAAAUUAUUUGCGGUAAUCAAAGCUUUCAGCAUUUACUUAUACCGAAGUUUCAAUGAUAUAACAAUUUUUUUUUUCAAUUCAGGUUCGUCAAUGGCAUGGUGUAUUACGGAGUGUCCUUCAGCUCCCCCACAGUAGGAGGCAACAUGUAUCUCAACUUCUUUAUAACAAGCACCAUUGCACUAGUGGCUUACCCCGCAUUGGCAUGGGGCUGUAACCGGUAUGCAACGUUUCUUGUUUUAAGUUUAUGCUUCCGCACCACACACUAGUCAGUUUCUCCUUUAGUCAAUGCUCUCCUGCUCUCCGAUGCCUUAGUCAUUGAUGCAUUUGUUAUAAACACUCCCCCAUUCUUUUUAAUUUCUUUACUCUCUUCUCGAUUACACCCUCACUCAUCAGAGGCACCCAACAUCAAUUUUCGGAAAAUAUCUGUUCUGAAGACGAUUUGAGAUCUAGAAUUUUCGGAACAUUUGUUGUAAAAUUUCUUGCUUGGCUGCCUCUCCUAGGAUUUUCGAACAUCUAAAAAAUGGUAUAAUUGCCCAUUUUUAAUGGAUUUUUUACCCUAAAAAGGUCACCUAGAAUUUUCGGGAGCCUUUUUGCUGGCUGAAAUUUUCGAAAAGGUCAGUUUUGAUCCCUAUAAUUUUCAGACCACUAGACUUUCAGAUAGGAAAUCCGAACAGAUGAAAACUUUUUAGGGGAUAAAAAUAUGCCUAUAUCUACCGUAAAUACGUUUAACAACACUAUGUUUAAGUGGUUUUGAACUAUAUUCUCGUUGGGUGCCCCUCGCUCAUCUUACUACGUGACUUUUUUUUACCAUUCUUGUAGAUUUGGUCGUAAGAAAACCAUCUGCUGCGGUCUGUUUUUCUCUGCUUUUGGUGCCUUUGGUUCGGUAUUGCUUACAUUAUUUGAUGAUGGAAACAACACAGGUAUAACAAUUUUUAACAAGCUAUUGUAUAACUCGAGUGUGAUAACGGUUUUGGAUAACAUAUUUGCGUUUUAACAUGUGCCUCCCACCCAUUGUCGUUUCUCAAGAAGUGAUCAGCAAAAUAUCGUUAAUGUAAGGCAUUUAUUCAUGUUUUAGGUCGUUUAAGAUUUCUGCUUUUCCUCAUUGAAAACAGGGACUUUUAAUAUAUCAAAUGUAGCUUUUUUAUUUAAAAAAAACAAAACAUCAUUUGCGUUAAGGAAACAUGUUUUACAUAAACGUACAUCAAUUCAAAGAAAUUGACGACAAAAAUAGAAGCAGUAUAUAAAGUGUAUACAGUAUUCUUGAGAUAAAAUAAACAAGUGUGUCUCUUUUAGAACGCGAGGGCGGGGUGAGGGUUUCCAAGAAAUCAACGUCUGCAUCCCAAUCAUGUUUUAUAGAUUAGCCCCUUUUAAAAAUUAGUUUCCCAUUUUACUCUAGGGUAAUGUGGCGAUCUAAAGAAGAACGCAAUUCAGACGUUUCGUUAUGUAAAUAAUAUCAACUGCUUUUCUGAAAUCUUUGUUUCAUUUUAAUGUUUUCUUUUUUAGGAAUAUUAGUUGGGAAAAUAAUAUUUUCAUUGUGCAUCGCCAAGUUUUUCAUCGUGUUUGCUUUUGACGGAUUCUACGUUUAUUCAGCUGAGCUGUUUCCAACUGUCAUUAGGUAAAUUUCUUCUCUUUCUUUUUUCUAUUCACAUCCAGGCAUGAGGCAUGAAAACCUUUUGUUAGUGUUUUUAAAGAUUUUGCAGUAGUUUACAUUCUCACCGAAGGACAGUUAGAACGUGUGCUUGACUGUCGUCAAGUAUUGUCUGUAUUUAGAUUAGUUAUGAACUAAUCAGUGUUCCUGCAAUCCACAGAAAUAUCGGUAUGGGGACCUCUACUUCUGCUGCUCGUGUUGGUUCUUUCCUUUCUCCUUAUGUUGUCUUUUCGGUACGUUUAUCCUAUUUUAAAGUGACCUGUCAUUAAAUGCUAAGAUCAGCUGCAAUGUAAGGCCUGAACAAAAUCGUCCUCGGAGACCCACUGGGCAAUCAGUCGGGUCGAAAGAAACAGGGCGACGAAAUUUUUUAAUGCCAGGGUCGCCCCAUGUAAGGGAAUCCAGGACAGUCUUGGAUUCUGGAUUCCAUGCUGUGGAUUCCGGAUUCCGGGUACUGGAUUCCAGAUUCCAGCACAGUGGAUUCCGGAUUCCAAAAAGAGCUGGAUUCCAUUUUUUUCCCGGUUUUAAUGCUUUUCUUCGCACUUCGUUUUCGUGUUCGAAUCUUGCUAUAUUGAAAGACGUUGUUAGAACAAGUUUGUUCUCUUUUUCGGUUUACAAAAUUGCGGGAAGAAAUGUAUUACAGUUCCGUAAGGAUUUAUGGUAUACGGAGGGGGACAUUGGGGGACCAUCUACACCGCAACAUGGCAGAAAAAAAAAACAAACACCGCAUCACCGCAAAAAAAACGUAGCGAAACACCGACAUCGCAAUUUAAAGUUUUGUCCUACGAUUAAUCUAAUCCAAAUCUCCUUGUAAUUGGGGAUGGAGGAUCUCUCAGCUGGUUAGUGAUUAGUAGAGAGUGAGACUGACCUCAGGACUCUAUUCUUCACUUAGUCUACUUUUGUGAACUCUGUUUUCAGCCAUGCUGAUAGAAAAAUGCAUGCAACGCCCAGAUUUCGCCUGUUAUCCUUUUGUUUUGAAGUCUUUUUGUAUAAAAAGACCAUACAGAUCAUCCUUCGCUCCGGGUAUGAAAAAGCAGUGAAAUAUUUAUUAUUUAAUCAAUUUUAACCGACGUUCCUAGGAGGGUGGAACUUGUUUUGGGUCGUUGUGGAUCUUUUGUCUAUUAGUUUUGAUCGUUGUGGAUCAUUUAGGUCGUUUUGGCUCAUUUUGCCUAGUAUCUCGUUUUAUUAGUAACUGGCCAAAUAAACAUACGCUGUGGCGUGUGCUAUUUAUUCUUUGCAAAGUCUUUGGUUCUGUUCACUAAGGAAUAGUUUUCCGUCUCAAUAAACUUUGGAAAACCAUUUUUAUCUAUAUCUUUUAAGACUUUUUAAAACUCUCUCUCCGUGUCAAUAAAGACUUUUGAAGAGGGUAAAAAAUUCUCGCGUAGAAGUUGACGCGUACUGCUUUGAGGUCUUAGCGAGCACAAUGAUAAUGAAAUUCAAACUAACUGUCACGUUGAAUUUGAUGUUAAAGAGAACAAAAACAACAAAAAAUUAGUUGGUUCAUACUUAAGAUGUGCGUAUAACCACGUUUUGUUAGAAAAAACUUCACGGCUCUAUCAAAUUCGUUGUUUAACACGUCGAAAAUUGAGGAUUUAUUUCGAGCAUGCGCUCUUUCAUUGCCUGUCACAUUCCUGACAGGCAGUAAUCGGAUUUGACCAGAUCUUCGGCUUCGUCAGUAAGAGAUCUGGGUCUCUGAGAUGGUCUGGGGUCUCUAGGAUACAUUUCAAACAGAAAAAAAAAGUAACGGGCUAAACUGAUCUCAGAUCGGUCUAAUUGCCAAAAGCGACCUCAAUGUGAACGAGGCCUAUUCAGGGGCACAACUGGAGAAAGAAAACAUGAAAAAUCCGUCUGUUCCUCGACCGGGUCUGAGAUGACUGAGAGAUCAAGAGAGACUUGAGCGUUUCUGACGCGUUGGCUCGUUUUUAGCGUUUUACGACCAUAUAGCGCUCAUUUAUACGAUAUUUUCUCCACGGACGACGUAAACUUCAUAUCACAUUCAAUUAUGAUUGAGAAAAAAUCAAUCUUUCGUUCAUGUUUGUGACUUGCUUACCGCCACUUUACAGUCCACAGAUCGACACAAACGAAAAAUCAUACGGCUUUGCCUUUGGCACGUUUAGAUCUAUCAGUCAGCAAAAAAUUGGUAUAAAAUUUCACAACACAGUAUUACACGUACCUUUCUCUCUCAGCCUUUUAUUUUGCUUGUGCUUUCUCAUAACCUUUUGUUUUAAUGACGUAGAAAAGAAAAAUCCAACAGACAACAAACCUCAAACUCGUCUCAUCGAUGAGGUGGCGAGAUUUCAGGCGUCCUGGCACGCGUCCUUGCACGUGAUUACUUUAGUGACAGCUGAUUGGUACGGUUCUGACAGUACCUUGCUUAUUUCUGAAAUAUAGAUUAUCGAAACCAUGAAACUGUUCUCACCGAAACUGCUAGGACCAAAUUAGGGACUAGGAGACUGUGAAUUUUUUUCUCUUUUGGUAAAAUGUUGAAAGUUGACGUUUAUUUUCAAUUGUGAACCAGGAGGACCAGGAACGUUCAAGAAAAGUUUCACCCCAGGUGCACCUUUUCCGGUCCUAUGCCAGGUCAAGUCGUUUUUGAUUUUUAAGUUCAUCGAAGAGAGUGAACAACAAAGAAUCAAACAUAUAUAGCCAGAGGUUGAAGCUAUUCACAACAAUCCAAUUUAUACCUUAAAAAGGCUGCGCUGUAUUCCCUCGAAGACCCCCGAAUUUUUUGAUCCUGCCAGCCGCUCAUAAGCAAGGGUUCCCUCGCUGACCGUGAGCUUGACCUUUCGUGGUUUUGACACCAGAUAUGCCGAUAUUACACUGUAUGUCAUCACGUUGAGGCAUAUACCCUGGGGAGGCUUUCCAUAGAUGGUUUUUCUUUCGAGCGAGUAGCUCAAUCCAAUCUGGAGUGAAUCUUUAUUAAAUUGGAUUCUGGAUUCCAAUCUUUAGAAGGAUUCCGGAUUCCUAGUGCUGGAUUCCGGAUUCCAAAGCCCAGGAUUCCGGAUUCCACGUGCAAAAAAUUCCUGGAUUCCGCAAUCCGGAUUUCCACCAGGGGAUCAAAGCCUUUCCCUUGGUGCUUGAAGACUUUUGUAGUACAGUUUCUCCUGACCCGACUAUACUGGCCAUUAGUCUUCAAAGAUGUUACAUUUUGUGUCAGAAAGCGAAAACGUUUUAUGAAGGUCAUAUGAAACUUUUUGUCACCGUAUUUUUUCGGUUAUAAGGCGCAACAUGUUUUCACCAAAUGUUGGAUUAAUAUAGCUCACAAUGUGUUGUAAUUUCGGGGUGCAUCUCAAGGCAAGAAAACAAAAUUUGCCAACUUUUUUACUUUAAAAGCUCUAGCUGUUCAUCCUCUACUUUGUUACCUGUGGUCAAUGAAAGUUUUGUUACUUAAGUAACAUUCAGAAGAUAUGAUUUUAUUAAGAAGGCCCUUGAUGAUACCAUGAACAAUGACAUUUUUGGUGGUCUAUUUCUUGGUUUUAGUAAUUGCGGAUAACUUGUGACCUAAGGAAUUAUACAAGUACCUUCUCUGGAAGUUGACAGUUGUUGGAAGCCCUCCUAUUCACACCGUACUCCUGUUUGAAAUCCCAACGAAUUAGGUUUAAAUAACAAAACAAAAGUCAUCUAAUCAAUUGAAAAGCCCUCAGUCAUAAGGACAUAUUAGGGCCGUUUAUACGAGGAAAAAUAAGACGCGUCUUACAUAAGACGCGUCUUAAAUGAGACGCGAACUUUCCGUAUAAACGGCACAUUUCGUCUAAAAUAAGACGCGUCUUAUUAGAUAAGACAUGCUCGUAUAAAUGGUACAGUUCGCGUCUUAUUUAAGACGCGUCUUAUACAAGACGCGUCUUAUUUUUCCUCGUAUAAAUGGCCCUAUUAAUUACGAAUUGUCGAUAAUCGUUAUUUGUUAUCUUCCUCUACAACAGCAACGUGUUCAUCCUCUCCUGCCGUUUGGCAUCAUGGGUAUCAACGCUUUGAUUGCCGCGCUACUAUGCAUGACAUUACCGGAAACGCGUAACCAACCAACUUUGGAGACCUUUACAACAUCGGAUCAACAAGGUGACACUAUGAAAGAGAUGAUGGUGAAGGAAAGCGGUGAUGGACAUAUAGAUGAUAGCCGUUUGUAA